AUGGUCGUCUCUGUGCUCCUCUGGGUCCUUGCGCUCUCGGCUCUCGCACAGGCCGCCCCGGCCGAGUCGAGAGAGCAACACCGCCCCUUCCGCCACAACAUUGCGAACACCACGAUAGCAUUGGCUCCAAAGCAAGCGAAACCUGCGCCAUCCUGCUUCCCGGCGCUUGGAUUUACGAUGCCUCUCGAGCCGCCCAAAGACAACACCGGAUGGUGGUGCGAUCCCGCGACGGAGUACGCUUUUGUCGGCUUCAGCUACGAGGUCACUGCCUGCCAGAGCAGAGCGCAAUUGAUCCGCGAGUUCGCUGACAUUCGAAACCACUUCCGUUCGCGCUAUGUGCGCCUUUACGGCGUGUGCGACCGCGAAGGCUUCUAUGACGAUAUCGUAGACGCGGCGUGGAAAAACAGCUUGGGCGUGCACGCGCUCAUCUGGUUCGGAUUCAACCUCGAUGACGUAUGGAUCGGCCGCCGCGACACCCUUCUCGCGGCACUGCACGCCAACCCCCUCGCGCCGCUCGUGACCCGCGUCUUGCAAUUCGGGUCCGAGCCACUCUUCGACGGCGUGCUGCCGCACGACCAGCUCGCAGAGCAGGUCAUCCUCGCGAAGCAGAACCUCUCGAGCCUCAACAUCCCCGUGACCGUCAGCGAGCUCGCGUACGGCUACCAGGAACGCGGGGGCGCGCAGGACGUGCUCGACGCGAUCGACUCGAUCAACAUCCAUAUGCUGCCGUUCUUCGCCCAGACCGCGUCGACGUCCGACCAGGCGUGGCCGCUGGUUCAGACCGACCUGAACUGGUUCAUCCAGCAUGGGAACGGGAAGAAGAUGUACCUUGACGAGAACGGCUGGCCGUCCGUCACCUCCCCCAGCGUGCAGCCCAACAGCCCCGACGCGGUCGCGGACGUCUCUAAUGAGCACGGGUACUACGUCCUCCUCGAUCAGCAUUGCGCGGACCUCAAGGCGGUCGUCGGCGGGGGCGUCGGCUGGUUCGCACACAUCUACUCGGACAACCAGGAGCCCGGGUACGGCAUCUACGACAGCGAGGGGGUGAUCAAGUUCCCGUUCGCGCCGAGGACCGAGUGUUGA